AUGCCUGUCAUACCAGUACGGUAUGAACGUUUAAAGGCGAUUCUGCCGUACAUGGACCCAAAUACACGAUUUCAAAUCUCUUCCCGCAUGCCUUCAAUCAGCUCACUAGAGAGCCGUAUUCCGCAGAAAAUCGAGAAUUUGACGUUUUCAAAUAUUGAGACCAAAAUAAAUGAAGUCUCCUAUCAACUUGGUGUAUACCGUGAUUAUGGACGCAACGAAACUCCUCCCGAUGUUGUCCGUAUGAAUCAAAAGGGAGGCUCUAACGAUGACAUUGAUCCAUAUGGAGUCAUUAUAUAUCCCGGACUGAACAACGUACUUCCAGGAGAUAUCGAUUUGAGAGGAAAAUUUCGCCGAGCUAAUCCGGUUUAUACGGAGGAAUGGGAACAAGGUCUUGUGCAGCAGCUGAGAACUUUAGAAAUGUUGUUAGUCAAACGGUUGAAUGAGGAAUAUAUUGAAGACGACGAAACCAGGAAUGCAGUUGUUGGUGGAGCUGUAAAUGCUUUCAAUGAAACAUUUCGACAAAGUAUAUUAAACAAUUCUGUAGAAUCUAUUCAACUUCAAAUUCAAUCACUUCGGGGCCAGCUCAGUGCUUAUGCCAAUCGUCGGGACAAUAAAAUUCCUCCGUGUACUUCCUGGAUUCAAUUUACUAGAAGCUCUCCAAAAGGAGUAACGAUCCAACGUGUUGCAUACAAUAAGUAUCUUCAUGAAGCGACAAAGACCGUGCACACAAAACUGUUUGGAAAUCGUGGUUCGAGUAUUUCAGUGAAGAAUCUGAAAAUUGAGUUUCACGAUCGAAUUAUCCGUUUUCCCGCGGCAACUAUUUUGAAAAUCGAAAAUUUAGAAGUUGCAUUCUGGGAUUCAGUUGCAUUUAGACGUUUCAAGAAUAUCAUUCAUCCAUCAUCUCUUCCACUUCAACAACUGAAAGUUUCAAGUAGUGUUUUUACUGCAGAUUUUCAACACACCAUUGUGAGAGAGGCAAAAAGAUUGAUUAUCAAUAAUGUUACCAAUGGUAAUCGUUCAUGGACCCCAAUCCUUCAGAGUCUUACCAACGAAAGAGUGUAUUUGGAGAAUGAGAACACUCUGAAUCCACCAAAUGAUUAUAUGGACUUGAUUGAGAAUUGGCUACAACAAAGGCGUCCAGUUGGUACCUGUUUCUAUAUAGGAAUCAAAUAUGAAGAGACCGUGAAGCAAUAUUUGGACACUCUGAAACAAAGACAAGAAGUUCUUGAAUCUUCUGAAAAGAGAGUGUUUCUACUAAAUCCUUACCGACUAUAA